CAUGCUACUGACCCAAUUUUCAAGCAGUUGACAUCUGAUCAUGCGACAAGGAUGGGGGAUAGAAAUGUUGUUCGGGGAUUUGGUGAAAGAACUCCUUUGCUGCCAUCGCAGAGAGUUUUAUAUCAACCAGAUGCUAGCAUAGAAGUGCAAUAUACAUUAAACACAAGUACAGAGAACAAGGGAAUUGGCAACAGAUACAGGCGGAGUGUGCCGUACAUUGAGACCUCUGGAAGGUACCAGAACCAGGAGGAGGAGGAAGAUGAAGAAGACCCGAAGCUGCUGGAGGAGCACAAGGUGCUCAGUGCCAGGUUUCAGACUCUGGAUUAUGACACCUGUGAAAAUGAGUUGUACCAGAGAGAAGAAAAGUCAAAAGGAUACAGGUUUCUAGUGAAGAAGAACCUGGCAAGAUGGCUGGUAAUGGGUCUUAUUGGAAUUCUCACAGGGAUUGUAGCAUCAGGCAUAGACUACUUCAUUGAUUUAUUAUCACAGCUCAAAUAUAAACUAAUAACAGAUUAUAUAAACAAAUGUAUCAACAACAGUUGUUUGUCUAUACCAUUUGUGUUAUUUGUGUCCCUGAAUGCAGGAGCAGUCCUCAUAGCAUCUAUACUGGUGGCAUAUGUAGAGCCCCAGGCAGGAGGUAGUGGUAUUCCCCAAAUCAAAUGCUAUCUAAAUGGAGUUAAAAUCCCCCGAGUCGUAAGGAUCAAAACUCUGGUGUCUAAAUGUAUUGGAGUCGUAUUCUCUGUGGUUGGAGGACUGGCAGUGGGGAAGGAAGGGCCAAUGAUUCACAGUGGAGCUGUGAUAGCAGCAGGCAUCUCACAAGGAAGAUCUGCAACUUUUAAUAAAGAUUUCAGGGUGUUUGAAUACUUUCGCACUGAUCAUGAAAAGCGAGAUUUUGUUUCUGGUGGUGCUGCUGCUGGUGUUUCUGCAGCCUUUGGUGCCCCUGUGGGUGGGGUGCUUUUCAGCUUGGAGGAGGGCGCCAGCUACUGGAACCAGUCCUUAACGUGGAGAAUUUUCUUUGCCUCCUUCAUCUCCACCUUCACCCUUAAUGUAGUGCUCAGCUAUGUCAAGGGUCAUCCCUGGGACCUGUCCAACCCUGGACUCAUCAAUUUUGGGGAGUUUAACUCAGUCACUUACAAUGGAGUAGAGAUACCUAUAUUUCUGAUGAUAGGGGCCAUAGGUGGUCUGUUUGGUGCUCUGUUCAACAUGAUCAACCACAAGCUAUCUGUGUUUAGAAUGAGGCAUGUGUAUAGAAAAUCCACCAAAGUGGUUGAAGCCAUGAUAGUGGCUGGAAUCACUGCAAUGAUUGCCUUUGUGCUAAUGUAUUUCAUCACUGACUGUUCUCCACUGGGGAAUGACCCCACAGAGCAUCCUGUACAGUUCUUUUGUUCUGAUGGAGAAUUCAAUGGUCUGGCAGCAUUAUUUUUCCAAACACCAGAAGCAAGUGUCAAGAGUUUGUUCCAUGAUCCCAACAACAGCUACCAGCCCCUGACACUGAGUGUGUUCUUUUUAGUGUACUUCUGCCUGUCUAUAUGGACCUAUGGCCUGGCUGUGUCCAGUGGUCUUUUUAUCCCUGCUCUCCUCACGGGAGCUGCAUGGGGGAGACUUGUAGGCAUUUUCCUGGCACAGAUAUUUCCAAAUCAGGGAUGGGUGGACCCUGGGAAGUAUGCCUUACUCGGAGCAGCAGCCCAGUUAGGGGGUGUGGUACGCAUGACAAUCAGUUUGACUGUGAUCAUCACAGAGGCCACUGGCAACUUGUCCUUGGGUCUUCCCAUCAUGUUGGUGUUAAUGAUGGCAAAAUGGGUAGGAGACUAUUUCAAUGAGGGUAUUUAUGACAUCCACAUCCAGUUGAUGGCAGUCCCAAUGAUACAGUGGGAGCCCCCACCUUUAUCAUCAAAUGUUCUGGCCUGUGAAGUAAUGAGUCAUCCUGUGACCACGUUUAGAACAGUGGAGAAAGUUGGGCGUAUCAGAGAGAAGCUGGAGAAGGAGACCCACCAUGGUUUCCCAGUGGUGGAUGAGUAUGACCCUGAUGCUGAUGAUAAUACAACCUUUGGUGUCUUCAAGGGAUUAAUUCUGAGGGACCAGUUGCUUGUUCUCCUAGAAAACAAGGUCUUUAAAGAUCCACAUGGAAAUCCUUGCAACACUACCAAACUUAGUUCAAAAGACUUCAGGAACCAGUACCCUAGAUUUCCAGAUAUCAAGCAAAUCAAUAUUUCUGUUCACGAAAGAGAGUGCACCAUGGAUCUCAGACCAUUUAUGAAUCCAUCACCAUACACUGUGUCUGACCGAGCAUCCCUGCCAAGGAUCUUCAAGUUGUUCCGAGGUCUAGGAUUGAGGCACAUAGUAGUUAUCAAUGAUACACACCAGGUUGUUGGCAUGGUAACCCGAAAAGACUUGGCCCGGUACAGGUUAGAGCAUGUUGGAGGAGAACUGAAGCUGGAGGAGAUGGACAUUACACACAGCUGAAUUCAGAAUACUCCGUGUUCAAGUUGUGACUAUCUGUGUUCCUGAAACUGUGUACUGUUCUAGAAAGCUGCUGUGUGAAUUACCUGACAGAUUUGAAGUGGUGACACUGAAUGUAUGGUGUUGACAGCUAGAGUUUG